GCGCGCCUAAGUCCGGCAAAAAGUGUUUCUCUCCGCGAUUUGUGUGAAUAUUUCGCGUUUUCCAUGCCCGACCCACUUAAAACUGAGUGUAAAUUGUUGCCGUAGCCCAGCCGCAUUCAACUAUUUUGCGUUUGUUUUCCGCCUGUUUGGGGUCCUCCGCCCUCUCACACAUCCUUCGAUGUCAUCGAGACGACCGGUGUGCGGGAUUUUAUCGCCCCGUCGGCCUUUUGCGUUUCCCAUAUAGCUUUGGGGCGCUGCCCCGUGCAAGUAGAAAGAGCGUUUUAGUUGUGAAUUAGCGAUGGACGAUUCAUCCCUGGGCGAAUCCAUUAAGCAGCACAUCGAGAGCAUCCGGAAAGGUCUCACAGAGAGUUGCAGUGUAUUGGAGGAGAGUCAAAACAGUCUCUGUGCCAAAGACAACGACUCUACAGCGGAGGAGCAGGUGGAGAAUCUUCUGAAAACCCUCCGGGAAACCCAGGAAAAUCUCAACAAGAUCUUCGGCAACGCCACUGAAUCUAUUAGCAGAGAGUGGAAAGGUGUCAAGAAGGAACCACCUGAAGAAAGUACCAGUGACAGUGAGAAGCCGAAAAUUCGCGUGGUUGCUCUUGAGAAACUCCAAGAUCCCACGCUUCUCGCCCCCAAUCGACCAAAGUCGAAGCCGAAGCUCAAGAACCGCCCAGCAAACAUCCCAGCAGCGAAGAGCUCCAUCGUCAUCUCGGAUUCCAGUGAUGAUGAGCCUAUUCGUGUGCCAGUGAAAGAGCAUCCAACAGCAGAAGUCGUGAAGCACGCCAAGAGUGUGAAAGUGAACCUGGAAUCCCUGCCUGAAGAUCUCAACACGCUGAAGCAUCGAGCAAAGAUCAGUGAGAUUAGGAAUAGCCACGGAGUUCUGAUAGAGAAACUCUCAGAGGCAUCUAAAGAGCCCAUCAAGCUCGUGAUAAAGAGCACAAGCAACUCUCGACGUUGUGAACCCUCCGACAAGGCAUUAAACAUGUACAAGAAGUCAAAUAGGAGCUCGUCGAAUGAUUCCCUGUCCGGAGAAUCCAACAAGACUGUGAGAAAAGAGAAGAAGCAGGAUAACACUGAAGACGAGUCAAUGGCUCCAAGUUCUUCGAGCAAAAAUACAGGAAAGAAGGCACUGAAAGAGUCUGAUGAUGAAGAUUUUCAGUUGACUGAUGAACAAGCAAAGGAUGAUUCUAGGGAGAUGAAUGGAAAUGCGGAUGAGGAGCGGAACAGUGAUAACAGCACAGACAGUGAGAUCGUGGUGAGUCGAAAGAAGAGGAAACGUGCUCAAUCAAAUUCCUCAAACAAUUCAUCGGACGAAUCAGGUGCCAAGGCGAAAACAACAAGGAAGAGGAGAAUUAAGCGUCCGAAGAACAGUGAUUCGAGCGAUGACGACAAGAAGGACGACAAAGGUGAUAAGGCCACCAAGCGAAAGAACAUUCGGAAAGUGAUUAAGGACCGCGAUCUCGAAGAUGAAACUAAGAAGGCGGCCAAGGAAGAGUCUGAGCGGAAGAAGAGAAUUGAAGAGCGUCAGAAGCUGUACAACACGAUAUACGAGGAGAAAGACGAGGUGAAGGAGCUGGAAAAGGUUGUUCUGGAUUUCGACGAGGAGUCCAAGAAGGAAAUUCUGUCUGUGCAUCCGGAUUUGGUGAAGAAACUGAAGCCGCAUCAGGGAAAUGGGAUAAAGUUCAUGUGGAAUGCUUGCUUUGAGACGCUGGAGAUGGCAAAUUCAGAGGAUGGCUCAGGAUGCAUCCUGGCACAUUGCAUGGGUCUCGGGAAGACACUUCAAGUCAUCGCGCUGACACACACUCUGCUAAACAGUGAAGAGUCAGGAGUCCAGCGUGUUCUGGUCAUCUGCCCACUGUCAACUGUCCUGAAUUGGGUGAAUGAGUAUCGCAAGUGGCUGGAAGAUGUGACGGAUUCGGGUGACAUCGACGUAUACGAGUUGUCCAAGUUCAAGCAGAACAACGAGCGAGCUAAUGUGAUCAAGCAGUGGCACACGGGCGGCGGAGUGAUGGUGAUUGGCUAUGAUUUGUUCAGGAACUUGUCGAAUGAGAAGAAUCGCAACAUCAAGAAGAAGGCCAGAGAGGCUAUUCAGAUGGGACUGAUAAAUCCCGGCCCGGAGUUGGUUAUCUGCGAUGAGGGACACUUGCUGAAGAAUGAGAAGACGUCCAUUAGCAAGGCGGUGAACAAGAUCAGGACGCUGAGACGCAUUGUUCUCACGGGAACACCACUGCAGAAUAAUCUCAAAGAAUACUACUGCAUGGUGCAGUUCGUUAAGCCCAAUCUUCUGGGGAAGUACACUGAGUACUGCAAUCGCUUUGUGAAUCCCAUCACAAACGGGCAGUACAUUGACUCCACCGAUCGGGAUAUUCAGGUGAUGAAGAGACGAUCGCACGUGUUGCAUAAAAUGCUCGAUGGAUGUGUGCAGAGACGGGAUUACUCUGUUCUGGCGCCUUUUCUGCCGCCAAAACAUGAGUAUGUUGUGUUUAUAAGACUUACAGAGCUACAGAUCAAGCUCUAUAGAUAUUACAUGGAGAAUAAGUCGAAGCGUGUUGAUGAGGGAGCUUCUAAGAGGACAUCAAUUCUCUUCGCGGAUUAUCAGAAUUUACAGCGUAUUUGGACUCAUCCUCGAGUUUUGCGGUACAACAGUGAUAGAUAUGAAGUGAUUCAGCAGAAGAAGCGUGAUUUGUUAGAUGAUGAGGAAUCUGAGGGAUCUUUGAAGGACUUUAUUGACGAUGAAUCAUCAACACCAGCCUCGAGUGAUUCUGAGAGUGGAUCAGAGAAGAGCGCAGACAAGCCAGUGAAGAGAGUAACGCGAAAUGCCAGAGCUCCGGAUGAGCCUCUGUUCGAUGCCACAUUGGAGCAGGAAAAGGUGGAAAAUCCCACGGAAUGGUGGGUGGACAUGGUGCCGGAAGCUGAUCUGGAUAAUCUGAAAGUGUCAGGAAAGCUAAUGCUGCUUUUCUCGAUUCUCGAGGAGUGCGAGGCGAUUGGAGACAAGCUGCUGGUGUUUUCGCAGAGUCUCUUCUCUCUGGAUGUGAUUGAGCACUUCCUGGCGCUGGUGGAUGAGAAUGAACAGGCGAAGAAGAUGAAUCCUCUGCUGGCGGGAUUUGCGGGCUCCUGGUCUCUGGGCUUGGACUAUUUUCGUCUCGAUGGAUCGACAGCGAUUGAACACAGGAACGUGGCUAUCAAAGCAUUCAAUCAGGUGGAUAAUCAUCGUGCCAGACUGUUCUUGAUCUCUACAAAGGCCGGUGGUUUGGGUGUGAAUCUCGUGGCGGCUAACCGCGUGGUGAUUUUCGAUGCCUCGUGGAAUCCGUCACAUGAUGUGCAGAGUAUCUUUCGUGUGUAUCGUUUUGGACAGGUGAAGCCAUGUUACAUUUAUCGCUUCCUGGCGCUGGGCACAAUGGAAGAGAAGAUCUACGAGAGGCAAGUGACGAAGCAGGCAAUCUCGAAGCGAGUGAUUGAUGAGCAGCAGAUUGAUCGGCACUACAGGGAACACGAUCUCAUGUUGCUCUACAAUUACGAUUUGGAACCAGAAGACCCGAGAGAGACGCCAAGAUUGCCCAAAGAUCGCCUCUUUGCCGACAUGCUGACCAAGUAUGAGGAUGUGAUUUACAAGUAUCACGAGCACGACUCACUGUUGGAGAACAAAGAGGAGGAGACACUGAACGAGGAGGAGCGGCGCGCGGCAUGGGAGGAGUAUGAAUCUGAAAAGAAGCGAGUUCCGGUGUUAAACUACGGAAUGGUGAAUGUGAACAUGUCAAUGGGAGGCAGUUACAAUGUGGGCAACAUCGGCAGAGCCGCCAUGGCGGGACAUGUGACGACCAACAACUAUUUUGGCUUCCGUGGAGAUAUUUUCCUGCGACUGAUGGACAUGAAGGCGCGCCAAGACCAUCCGGAGUUCGAUGAGAUGGCGAUUAAGAACUACAUUCCAGUGCUCGUGCGGCAAAUGUACCAGGAAGUGUCGAUUGGGGACAUGACGACAUACAAUGCGUUGAUUGUCCUGCAACAGGAGCUGAUUGAGAUGUCAACAGCGACAACGCCGAACAUCUAUCAGGGUCACAAUUCCCAAUUCACAGGCGGAUCUUCUAGUAACAUGCUGAUAAAUCCUUACAGUCAUGUAAACUACAAUCAGAUGCAGAAUCGUCAGAAUUAUGGGCAGAGCAACCCGUUGAGUGGAAAUGCCAUGGUAUCGGAUAAUGGGGUCAUAAACUUAGAUUAAGAGGAAUUCUUUCUCGUUUACUUUUUGGCUACAGAGUGCGCUAAGUUAGGAAAACCCAUUCGCUGAUAUUUCUCUCACACACACAGAGUUCCACAUAGUUUGAUUUUAAUUAAUAAUUACCUGUAAAGAGUUACGAAACUUAUAAUUUGCCGCAAAUCUUCGUUGCACACACACUUCAAGUGGUUCACAGUGGCGCACAAAAUUCCACAAGCAUGGUCAAUUUGUUUAUUUCUUCAGUGGAUUCACAAUUUAAGUUUUUCAUUAAAGGAGUUUUCUAGAUGAUGAAAUUAUAGGUAUUUUUCCACAAACAUUUUCUUAGAAACGAAGAAUGCAGAGAUGAAAUGAUUUCUGUGUAGUUAAUUUAAUAAAUAGUUAGUUUGUAAGCAUAAAUAAAAAGAAAUGAAAUUACAGUAA